AUGCGACGAUUGUUUUUCCUUGACCGCAAAUUCUUUCCAGCACAAGAAAAAAGCCCCUUGGCGCUGCCCACAUGGGUGUUGGCCCUGCCUGAACCUAUGCCCAAGGAAGACCCCGACUACAACCCUGCCAAGGUCCUGGAGGAUCACUUGUUUCACGACAAGAAAUAUCUCCAGUCUAUCGUGUCUGCCCAGCGCGAAGAAGACCUCCGGGAUUGCGAUCAGCGUCGCGGGCCUUUCGACUGCACUUGCCGCUUCCCCAAGUGA